ACCACCAUCAUCCAAGGCUGACAUACUUCUGAGCUAUGCUCACAAACGAAGACCCCAUGGUCUGUUGGGCGACCGCCGGCAAAUCCUCGAGCUCAUUAGCUUUGACCCUCCUUUGAGACUUACAGUAGCUUCAAAGGUCAAAGCCCGCGGCGAUGCGCUUCAUCCUCAACCUUGUGUCACGCCAAGUUGCGAUGCCACUUCUCAGUAGUGUCUCGCCGCGCUCCGCGAGCAGGCGUGACACGGAGGCUCGGCCGCGGCAGAUCAACCAUUCCCCAUCCUCGGCUACCGACACCACGCGCAACGAAACUCAACCAGCUGUGUCUUCGCAGGUGCUGCAGCGAGCGUUCUCCGCCGAUCUGCACUAUCAUCUCCUCCAACUGCAUGCCAUAAUCCUCAAUUCCUCCUGGGAUCCAGUUGCAGCUCCUUCCCGAGCCUUGACAACUCGUCUACCCCUCUCGAGGAGCUACCCUGCCCCAGCCGUCUACUUUGACCGCAUCACCCACCGCAUCCACGUCCCCUGCCCGGUCGUCGCCGUCUUCAAGGUCUCCGAGGGGAUCAGCACCAUCUACUUCACUCUCACUGACCGGCUGCCCGCUCACGCCGUCCCCACCUCUCGCGUCAUAUACCCCCAUGCGGCCCACAACAGCAUGGUCGGCCUGGAUUUUCUACUUCCCACCAGAGAUAAUGUCCGUCCUCUGACCAGGGAAGCAUACGACGUGUUUAGGGCGCUGACCCAGCUGAAUACGCGAAUCUUCCGCCAUAUGAUCCGACAGCAUCUGUUCAUGCAUUACGCACGGUUUUAUUCCGCGAUCCGCCUAUAUGAUCAACGCCGUGCUAGAAUUCGCACUCCCGAUCCUCAGGCUACGACCACGAUUCCCGGAAUUCCGUACUUCGAGGAAUACAUGUUCCACUACGCCAAGCCGCAAGCUUGGAUGUGCAAGGAUAUCACCGAGAUCUUCAACCUGCCGGACUUGAAGCUGAGUUUUGUAGCUUAAGUACAAUUUGUGGGGUUCCGCACAAGCUUGCAUUUGUACAG